AUGUUGGGUCUUAAAUUUACAUUCAUGAGAGCCUAUGGGCUCAUAAUUCUGGCUUUUCUGUUGCAAGAAGUCAUCUGCCACCCCACCGGAUCUGUUACUGAGCGACUGGCCGUAUCUGCCGUACGACAGCGUCUCAGUAUCAACCGAGACUGGAAGUUCUCGCGCUUUGCCACGAGUCCAGACUUGUUAUCUUAUGAUCCCAUCCUGAAGCCAUGGAUCCUUCCUUCAGCAAAUGACUUCAUUGUCAACGGGUCCAAGCAUGAGCGGCCAACCGGCACGCCUCCUGGGAGUGAUGUCCAGUACGUGCAGGCGGAUUUCGACGAUUCAUCAUGGCAAAGCGUCAAUCUGCCUCACGACUGGGCGAUCAGAGGCCCCUUUGGCGCACCUGGUAUCAGCGCCGGAAUGGGCCGGCUGCCAACGAACGGAGUGGGCUGGUAUAGGCGAAAUAUUACCAUUGCAGGAGAAGAUGUGGGAAAGUCCAUAUUUCUUGAUAUAGAUGGUGCCCAGUCUCACGCCAGCGUCUGGGUCAACGGCAUUCUCGUGGGCGGCUGGCCUUACGGAUACUCGUCAUUUCGCCUCGACUUGACGCCGUACGUCCAGGCUGGCGCUGCGAAUUUGCUCGCUGUGCGACUAGAAAAUGCCAUCGACUCGUCACGAUGGUACCCUGGGGCUGGAAUAUACCGCAAUAUCUGGCUUGUCAAGCUAAAUCCAGUCCAUGUUGGGCAAUACGGAACACGGAUCACUACUACUUCUGUCUCAGCAGACGCAGCGACGGUCGACAUCGGUGUCGAUGUUGAGAAUACAGCGAACUCAACCCAGGACGUGGUCGUGAGGACAUAUAUUUACCCUGCCGGCAUUGACGAAUGGGUUGCAUCGCUCCCUGAAGUGACGAUUCGGCUAUCCGCAGGGACAAAACAGUCCGUCCAAAACUCUGUCAUAAUAUCCAAGCCGCAGCUUUGGGGCCCGCCACCAACUCAGACGCCGAAUCUGUACAAGGCAGUGACAAAAGUUCUUAUCGGAAACAACUCGAUCGUUGACGAGUAUGAGACAACAUUCGGUAUCCGCUCAGUAGCUUUCGACGGCUCAAAGGGCCUCAUCGUCAACGGAGAGGUCAUACGCACCCGAGGCACCAACAAUCACCAUGAUCUUGGCAGCCUUGGAGCCGCAUUCAACGUGAGAGCCGCCGAGCGGCAGCUCCAGACACUACAGGAGAUGGGGUCCAAUGCUCUUCGGAUGGCCCACAACCCACCCGCACCUGAGCUCUUGGAUCUAGCAGACCGCCUCGGGUUUCUUGUGAUGGAUGAAUCCUUUGAUGCCUGGAACGUGGCUAAGGUCACGAACGACUACCACCUGUUGUUCCCCGACUGGCACGAACCAGAUACACGGUCUCUGGUCCGCCGUGAUCUGAACCAUCCCUCUGUGAUACUGUGGAGUAUUGGGAACGAGAUACCUGAACAGCGAACCGCGGGCGGGGCAGAGACUGCGCGACAAUUAAGCGAUAUUGUCCACAGCGAGGACCCCUCACGACCUGUGACGAUGUCCUUUGAACGGGCGCAGCCCAACGAUACAGUUGCAGAAGUAAUGGAUGUCAUAAGCCUGAACUAUCAAGGUGAAGGCUUUGGGACAUCGUGGGCCAGCACAUUCCCCGGGUUCCACGACGCCCACCCGGAUAAGCUGCUCUGGACAACCGAGAGCAGCUCGGCAGUGAGCACGAGGGGAACAUACAUCUUCCCGGUGGCGGGAAACAAGAGCCAGAUCGUCAGCGACGGCCAGGGCGGCAACUCGACCUCGCUUCAGGUCAGCGCAUACGAGUUAUAUGGCCCUUUCUGGGCGUCCAGCCCGGACAAGGUGUUUACGCAGCAGGAUACUUACCCUUAUGUUGCGGGUGAGUUUGUGUGGAGUGGUUGGGAUUAUCUCGGAGAGCCCGCGCCAUACGAUGCCUCGCCGCUUGCGCGUAGCUCUUAUUUUGGGAUCAUCGACACUGCUGGGUUCCGUAAGGAUAGAUUUUACCUCUACCAGUCCCGGUGGAGGGCCGACCUGCCGAGUGCGUAUAUCCUGCCACAUUGGAAUUGGCCCGACCGGGUCGGUCAAGUUACUCCCGUCCAUGUUUUCUCGUCGGCUGACGAGGCUGAGUUAUUCUUGAAUGGUAAAUCUGCCGGCCGCCUCGCUAAGGAGACGCUCACCUAUCGCUUCCGUUGGGACAAUGUGACUUAUGCGCCCGGCGACAUUCGCGUCUUGACAUACAAGAAUGGCAGUGUCUGGGCAGAGGCGAGCAGAAGCACUGUCGGUCCGGCCGAGGGGUUGAAUGUGACAGCUGAUCGCAUGACUAUCACUGCGGAUGGAUAUGACUUGUCGUUCAUAACCGUCGCUGUGACUGAUGGGCUGGGCGAUAUCGUACCCUACGCGACUGACAGUGUUACUUUCUCCAUUACUGGCCCAGGUGAUAUCGUGUCAACCGACAACGGUGAUCCGUCAGACCAGACACCCUUUCCGUCUGUGACUCGGAAGGCCUUCAGUGGCCUCGUGUUGGCCAUUGUCCGUACUAGGGAAGGAGAAGCUGGAGAGAUCACGGUCUCGGCGACGGCAGAUGGUCUGGAAUCCCACCAGGUUACUCUCACUGCCAUCGAGAUGGAAUAA